UUUGUAGAAGAAUGAAUGAAGAAGGUAAGCUUGCAUCUCGGAACUUGUCUAGAAAUGGCGGAUAGAUCUGAAUUCGUCGAAGAGAAAGUAGAAAAAGAGGAAAAAUUACAUGUCAAAGUCAAGACCAAAGAUAUAGAUAUAGAAUCAGAUGAGAAGAGUGAAAUGGAAGUUGAAUUGAAAUCUAAGUCGGUGGAGAAAGUAAAGCCGAAAUAUAAGAAAGAAAAAGAGGAUAAACAUGGCAACAAUGAUGAGGAGAAGCCAAAGAAGAAAGAAAAAGAGGAAAAGGAGAAAGGAAAAGAGAAGAAGAAAAAGAAAGAUGACGAUGAGACCGGUGAAGAUCUGAAAGAGAAAAAAGAAGAGAAGGAAAAAAAGAAGGAUAAGAAAAAGGAUGAUGUGAAUGCUGAAGACGAUGAAGAAGAAGAGAAGACAAAGAAAGACAAAGGGAAGAAGAAAGAGAAGAAGGAAAAGAAAAAAGAUGAUACGAAUGCUGAAGACGAUGAAGACAAAGGGAAGAAGAAAGAGAAGAAGGAAAAGAAAAAAGAUGAUACGAAUGUUGAAGACGAUGAAGACAAAGGGAAGAAGAAAGAGAAGAAGGAAAAGAAUAAAGAUGAUACCAAUGCAGAUGAAGAAGAAGAAGAAAAGAAAAAGAAGAAAGACAAGAAAGGAAAGAAAGAAGAUGAAAACUCAGUAGAAAACAAAGAUGAUGAGAAAGAAGACAAGAAGAAGGUGAAGAAUGAAGACACAAAAAAGAAGGACAAGGAUGGAGAGGGUGAGGGAAAAGAAAGUACUGGUGAGAAAGAAAAGAAGAAGAAGAAGGAUAAGAAAGAAGACGAGGAGCAUGAGGAAGGCAAAGAGAAAGGCGAUAAGAAGAGUAAAGAUAAAAAGGAAAAGAAGAAAAGUGAUGGAGUGAAAGAGGGGAAGAAUGAUGAGCAUGAUCGAAAAGAAGGGAAGACGGAAAAGAAGAAAGACGAGGAGAAGAAGAAAAAGAAAGAAGAAAAUGAACAAGAUGUUGUAGUUACCUCUAGGGAUGUUGAUAUAGAAGAAAGUUUGAAAGAGUUGGAGAUUGGAGGAGAUGAAGAUAAGAAGGACAAAACACACAAAGUCGAUAAGGAAAAGGAAGAUAAGAAAGAAGGAAAGAAGAAGAAAGAAAAGAAAGGAAAGGAAGACGAUGAAGAAGGAGGUAAGAAGAAGAAGGAAAAGAGCGGAAAGGAAGAUGAUGAAGAAGGAGGUAAGAAGAAGAAGGAAAAGAAAGGAAAGGAAGACGACGAAGAUGGAAAGAAUAAGAAGGAAAAGAAAGGAAAGGAAGAGAAGAAGGAUGUUGGCAAGCUAAACAGUAAGUUAGAGAAGAUCAAUGCGAAAAUAGAUGUUCUUCUUGAACAGAAGGCGGAAAUACUGACACAGAUGAAAGAAGCUGAACCUGCAAAGCCUGAUCUUGUUGAGAAAUCCUAAAAUGUAGAAGUUGAUACAACUGGCACCAAAUUUUAUUACACUCUCAACAAUCACCAAUAAGAUAUCAAUUGACUCUACAUCCAUUAAACUUGUGAUAAAUAUGCUGUGCUAACUCUCAAGGAUGAUUAUGAUUGAUUCUCUCUUAAUUGGUCUUGGUUGGCUUUGUAGCAAGGCCAAAUCCAAGUGAGAAGAGUGGGUCAUAAUGAGGAUCUCCAAUGUUCAUGGGGAGUUGAUCAACAGUCUUGAACCAUGUCCGGGAAAGCUUUCCGGUGAAACCAUAAUCCCCGAAUAAGACAUCAGCAACACCUUGGCCUUCGGUUCCAGGUAGCCAAGCAGCAACAAGAGCAUCUAUUGAUGAAAUAUAAGGCUGAAUAACGACAGGGCGGCCAGAGAUAACAACAACAACACAUUUUAUAGAACCACACACGUUUGUUAUGAUGCUCGGUCCAGGUUGAGGAAUUGUCAAGUUCAAACUGUCACCGAAUGUCUCAGCAUAUGGAGUUUCUCCCACCACAACAAUGGCGUAAUCAAACUCGUUUGAUUUGACAAAGUCGGUAUCUGGGUUUUCCUUGAACACCACUUUAGUUGUUGGAUCGAUUGUCUUCUUUAUGGCGGUGAGGAUAGUGGUGCCCGAUGUGACAUUGUUGCCACUAACACCUUGCCAUUCAAUGGUCCAACCACCACAUUGAUAACCCAAAUUGUCUGCAUGAGUACCUGCAAUCAAAAUCUUCGACGAUUUCUUUGGAAGCGGUAACAAUGGCUUCUCACCGUACUUUCCAUUCUUCAACAAAACAAGAGAUUUUCUCACAGCUUCUCUAGCUAACUCCCUAUGCGCCUGCACCAUAGUAAAGAAGUUAGUUUUGAAUAACAAAAUCAUGGCCAAAUUUCAUCUGCAUUUUCGGUGUUAGUUUUUGUUUUAACUAACCUGACUACCGAGCUCGUGGACAAGGCUUUGAUCAGCUAAUGGAUACUCAAACAAACCCAUUUGAAACUUAACUCUCAAGAUUCUCUUCACUGCAUCAUCAAUUCUACUCAUUGGGAUAAACUUAUUUUUCACCUGGUAUGUUAAACCAUCGAUGAACUCGGUGUAGUUGUAUGGAACCAUGAUCUGUAAAGACAUGUUCAAACAACAAGUGUAAGAACUAAAGCUAAGUAAGACUUCAAAUCCAAAACACAAAGGAAGUGAAGUUAGUUACCAUGUCAAUGCCAGCAGUAAUUCCUGCAUUAAUGGAGUAAGUGUAGUUAGCAUGUUCUGGUGUGGUAAUCCUAUCAAUACCUUGCCAAUCUGAGAUGACAAAACCCUGAAAACAAGACACACCAAACAUUUAGAUUUCUUAAUGUUGACAACAAACAUGGUUGAAGAAGCUCAAUGUGGUCUGGUCUUACCCUGAACCGAAGAGUUUUCUUGAGGAAACCGGUGAUGAGUUCUUGAUUAGCGUGCAUCUUUUGCCCGUUCCAGCUCGAGUAAGAAAUCAUAACAGUUGAAACACCCUUGAUGAUUGAGUUGUAGUAACCUGCCAUGUGAAUGCUAAGCAAUCCAUGUCUGUCUAUCACAGUGUUAUUCUCAUUGAUGCCUUUAGUUGUUCCACCAUCUCCCACAUAAUGCUUUGCACAAGCUGCAACAUUUUUUCUGUGAAACAGAGAAUAGUGUGAGUAUUUGCUUAACCUAUCACUUAGUGUUCUGUCACCAUUAGUGCUCUGUAUUUUCUCGAAAAAUAAGUUUGGCACUCUAUAUUUUCAAUAAUACUUAUCUGGUAGCUUGUAUUUUAAAAUUAUACAUAUUUAGUACUCUAAAGUCAAAUUUGAUCAAUUUGACUAAACUAGUGUCAAUUAUAUAUAAUUAAAUAAUUAAAUUUAAAUUUAAAAUCAUAUAAUUAAAGAUUGUUUGAUUGAUCAAAUUUGAGUUCAGAGUACUAAAUAUGUAUGAUUUCAAAAUACAACCUAGAUGAAUAUUUAUUGAAAAUAUAGAAUAUCAAAAUUAUAUUUAGAUAAAAAACACAAGAUACCAAAUAAGUACACACUCAUUAUUUAGUUAUAAAAUUUUAAAAAUGGCUAACCGAUCUUUCAUCACAUUUUCUAUCAUUAUUCUGUUUUAUAAGCCUUAAUCCAUAUAUUAAUGGAAAUGGAACAAUUAUGUGUGUUUUCUUGAUAAACUAAUGCCUACCUUAUUGUCUCUUGCAAAAGCCUUUAUUGUACUUUUCCAAAACAAAUAAUGAUAUAAAAAGAAUAUUAAACUAUAAAAAGGAAAAAUAAACUACAUAAGAACAAUUUUAAGGACUAGUCAAACUUUAAAGCUUGAGGUAUACUUUUCAAUAUUCUAUUAUUUUUGUUGGGUAUUUGUUCCCUUCUAGAUUAAAAGGACUCCAUUUUCAUACAUUGUCUCUAGCUAUUUUUUCCACAAGGACCACUUCAAAGCAAUAAAUGUUCAAAUCUUAUAAAAAAGAUCUUGACUUGAAAUGUAACAAUCAAAUUGCAGUCAACCAUUACAGCUUUGCACAAUCAUUUUUCUACUAAGGAUUUUUAAAGGUCCAAAAAGACACUAGAAAAGGAAGAAAAAAGAAACUAUAUACUAAAAUUUAUGACAUAUUUUAGAGUGUGACAUGUGAACAAACUUAAAUUACAAGCAAUGACUAUACACAAAAAUUUAAGAGAACAAAGUUAGAAUGUUCUUACUGUCCAGCAACAUAAGGAACACCCUUCUGUGUGUUAGGAGGUAAAUCGCCUUGUAAACCCGGUAUAAUUUCGGUCAUUGCCCUAACAAUCUUGGGAUCUUCACUGUAACUUUCGAAACAUCGACCCCAUCUCGGAUCCCUACAAACCUGUACAAACAUAGUAAGUUAGAAGAAGACUAAAACAUAAAAAAAGUUCUUACUUUUUUGUGUGAUUCGGGUCGGUUACUAACCGCUAUGCAAGGUGCAAAAACAUAUUGGAUGCCUGUAGCUCUAACUUCAAGAGCUGUUGCUGCUCCAAUCCUCUUAACAAGUUGAGGAUCUCUGGUUUAUGAAAGUAAGUUUCAUGAUAAAUAACAGAUUAUGAAGUUUUAUGACUUGUGAGAUCAUCAAAAUGUUUUGUUUAGAAAAGGGUAAAUACUAUUUGGAAGGAUUUCAUUUUGUUAAACGACAAUUCAGAUUCUGUAUUUUUCAAAAAAGUAUAAAAUAGUACCCUGAAAUUAAUUUUUGUCAAAAAAAACUUGAACCGACUUCAGAAUCUAAUUUGUUAUUUAACAAAACAGAGGUCUGAUGAAUAACUUUAGUAAAACACAGGAUACAAAAUAGUAUUAGUAUUUAGGAGAAAAUGUACAUGCUUUUACCUUGUAGCACCUAAACCAACAUUGUGGGGAAAAAUUGUGGCUUUGUAGACAUUGUUAUGGCCAUGAACAGCAUCAAUUCCAUAAAUCAUUGGAAUCCCAAGACGUGUAGAUAAAGAUCCCUUUUGAAAAUCAUUAACCAUGUCAAUCCAAGUUUCUGGUGAAGCUUUCUUAGAAGGAACACUUCCUCCUCCACUCAAAACACUACC